ACUUCUUUCCCCUCCCCACUGACUUCUUUCCCCUCCCCACUGACUUCUUUCCCCUCCCCACUGACUUCUUUCCCCUCCCCACUGACUUCUUUCCCCUCCCCAAUGACUUCUUUCCCCUCCCCACUGACUUCUUUCCCCUCCCCACUGACUUCUUUCCCCUCCCCACUGACUUCUUUCCCCUCCCCACUGACUUCUUUCCCCUCCCCACUGACUUCUUUCCCCUCCCCACUGACAUAUUUCCCUUACUCUUACAAUUCUUGUUUCCCUUUUUUUCCCAUAAGACGGUGUCUUCCCGCUGUCCCACGGCUACCAUGUUUCUGCACGCUUGUCCCAAUUCUCCCCUCGGCUGUCCCACAGCUAUCAUGUUUCUGCGUGCUUGUCCCUCUCCUUUACUGUCCCACGGUUAUGUUUCCGCGCGCUUGUCCCAUCACUCCACUCGGCUGUCCCACGGCUAUCAUGUUUCCGUGCACGUGUCCCACCCAACCAGCCCUUCCUUUGACCAAUCCCCACGACAACCAAUUCUACUCAACCUCUUCCCCCCCUCCUUUUCUCACAUCUCCCCUGUCGCCCUUCCCCCUUCCCACGUCUCCCCCUUCCCACGUCUCCCUCUUCACACAGCGACCUUUCUCCCUCCCCAAGCUCGUUUCUUCGUUCAGCCUUUCUCGUUGUCUUCCGUCUAAAUGGCUUGUUUUGUUGUGCUGCACCAUCCAAUCCGAUAUCUGGUCUGUUUGUUUUAUUCGCUUUGACAAUCACUGCAUCAGCUUCCUCUCGUAACGCCCCCCCCUUCACAUCCUUCUAAGAUUCACCAAUUCAGGUUCACAGCAACUCGGUUUUAUUUUUUGGACCAGGCACGUGCAGUGUCACUAAACUAGGUAGGCUAUA